AUCGCUCGAACCGAACACUUCGGCGCGAAGCAGCAGCAGCAGCAGCAGCAGCAGCAGCAAAGUUGAGUAGUUCACGCAGUGCAGUCGCUUCGGCCGGUUCUCGAUGACCGAUCGCAGCUCAGUUCUAACGCAGUGCGCUCAGUGAAUCAAACGGAAGUCUCAGUGUGUUCAGUUCCACCCCGAACGUCGUCGCUUCAGCAGCAGCAGCAGCAGCAGCAGCAGCAGCAGCAGCGGCAGCGAAGACUGUGCAAAGAUAUCGACAUCGGUCGAAAGUGAACCCGACGAGAGAAUGGUGAACAUGGAAGGCUCGAACGAGCAGCUCACGGUGACCGCGUCGCCGCCGCCAGCGCGCACCAGCCUCAAGAGCAACUUCAGCAUCCGGGACAUAGUGCCGGAGGCCUGCGCGAGCACGCCCGCGCCGCCCCAGUCGCCCGGGCCCGACAGCGACGACUCGAGCGACCUCGACGUGACGGGCGACGGCGCGGAGACCCCGCCACCGCUCGACUGCUCGCGCAACGCCAACUGCUCCAGCCCCGCCGGCAAGGACUCCUCCCUGGGCUCGGGCGCGCCGAGCAAGGAGCAGAGCGCCGCCGAGGCCGAGAAGAAGAAGUCCGAGAAGCCGCCGUACAGCUACAACGCCCUCAUCAUGAUGGCCAUCCGGCAGAGCCCCGAGAAGCGGCUCACCCUCAACGGCAUCUACGAGUAUAUAAUGCGCAACUUUCCCUACUACGAGAACAACAAGCAGGGCUGGCAGAACUCGAUCCGGCACAACCUCUCGCUGAACAAGUGCUUCGUGAAGGUGCCCCGGCACUACGACGACCCGGGCAAGGGCAACUACUGGAUGCUCGACGCCAGCAGCGAGGACGUCUUCAUCGGCGGCACGACCGGCAAGCUCCGCAGGCGCACCACCGCGGCCUCGCGCUCCCGCCUCGCCGCCUUCAAGCGCAGCGCCGUCCUGAACAGCCUCUACCCGCCCUACCCCCACCCGGGCUGGCCGACGACGCUCUACAACCUGCCCUACCUGCCGCGGGCCGCCGCCGCGGCCUACGCGCCCGCCGCCUCCUACAGCGCGCCCUCGGGCUACCCGGCCUCGCUGCUGCCCGGGGCCAGCCUGCCCUGCAAGCCCCAGCCGCUGCCGGCCUCGGGGGCCCAGCAGGCCCAGCCGGCCCCGCCCGCCCACGGCGGCUUCUCCAUGGAGCGACUCCUGCAGCCGCCGACGGGAGCGUACCCCUCGGGCAUCGCUGCCGUGCCAGCGAUGCCGCCGACGGGCUACGAGUUCUACGCGACGCUGCGCAACCUCGCGGCCCACCAGCAGCACCAGGCCGCGGUGUACGCGCAGCAGCAGCAGCAGCAGCAGCAGCAGCGCUACCAGCAGCACAUGCAGUCCGUCCACCAGCAGAGCCACAGCCAGCCGGCCUCGACGACCGCCUCCCCCGGCAGCAGUCCCGAGCGGCUCUCGCCGCUCCAGCAGCCCCAGCAGUCGCCCGUCCAGCAGGCCGCCCAGCACCACGCGCCUCAGCUCGUUCUGAAGCCGAUCACGGUGCUCACGGGCAGGCAGAGCUGAGUGCCCGGCGCGGCUCUGCAGCGCCGGCCGACGGACCCAUGGCCGCGCCGCUCCAGCGACUAGGAUAUCCUAGCCUUAUGUCGUGACUUGUUUAUUAUUCCGUGUAGAUACUCGUUACUAUAUUACAUGGACACGUACGAUUCUCUCGGUGAUCUCGGUGCGCGACUCGAGCGGCCGCUCGGCGGUGGUAGUCGCGGUGGUGGUUCGCGAGUCGCAUUGUACAUAGCUCGAAUAUAGGCGGUCGGCGAACUCGACCGCGUUGGAUUCUCCACUGGACCCCGGGCUCUGCGCGCACAACCCAGUGUCUCUCUGAUAUUAUUAUUACUAAUGUAUAUUGUAUAUUGUUACGCGAUCGAUUACUCUGUACAUACGAGCCAUGCAAAGAUUUUUAUUAUUAUUGUAUUAUUGAUAUUAUUAUUGAUAUUAUUAUUAUUAUUAUUAUUAUUAUUGAUAUUAUUACUGCGUUAGCGAUACGCUGCGAUAUUAUCGAUGUCGACGAAUCGAGAAUAUAGCUGUACAUAUGUAUGCGAAAGAUUACACGCGUAGAAGGAUGCGAGAAGAGAUAUGAGACAUGUUGUAAAACGGCGAUGAAUAAAUGUCUAAACAUUUUUUCUAUAA